AUGUCGCUCACACGCAGGCUCAUCUGCACACUCGGCAAGCCUCGGCCAGUGUUGGCAUGCACAACCACGUGGAUAACUGAGCACCAACCGGUCUGGAAUGGCAUUUCGGGCAACAAUUUGAAGGCCGGCCAGACUCGAGGCCCAGAUACGGUGGGACAACGUGAAGGAGACAUGAAGUGUGGCGUGGAUACAGCGUUCGUUUCCAGGAUGGACAUCCAUCACUGGCGUCAAACGCCAGUUCGGGUCAGCGUUUGUUUGUCUCUUUGUCGGGAUGGCCGGGAUUUGAGCAACUCCAGAAGGCACCGAAUGCGUGUGGGAGAAGUGUGGCCUCCAAUCAACUCUGGAAGAUGGCAACUUUGGAUAGCGAGAAACACUCGUUCGGCUGACUCAGCCUUCUUUAUCUCGCAAUGUCGGCUGUCUUCUUCGGCCGAAUUCGGCUCGUCGUCGAGCCAAGCUGAUGAAGCAUAUGCCAAUUAG